UCAAUUCGAAAGUAAACACUGAGGAUUUAUUUAUAAUUUUUUGAAUAAGAAAAAAUUGGAUAAAACCAUGGAAAUUGCUAAUGCUGUAGGGACUAGUUCGGGAGUCCCUAGGAACACUAGGAUUAUGGAAGGCGUAGGGGCCAGAGUAAUAAGGGGCCCCGACUGGAAAUGGGGCAAACAGGAUGGUGGUGAAGGGCAUGUCGGUACAGUUAGGAAUUUUGAAUCGCCAGAUGAAGUCGUGGUAGUGUGGGAUAAUGGCACAGCUGCCAAUUACCGCUGCUCCGGACAAUAUGAUUUAAGAAUUCUGGAUAGUGCUCCAACCGGAAUCAAGCACGAAGGUACAAUGUGCGACACAUGUCGUCAACAACCCAUUUUUGGCAUACGCUGGAAAUGUGCUGAAUGUGGCAAUUAUGAUUUGUGCUCGGUAUGCUAUCAUGGAGACAAGCAUCAGCUAAGGCAUAGGUUUUACCGUAUCACAACUCCGGGUGGUGAUAGAUUCUAUCUUGAACCUCGUCGAAAAACGAAGAAAAUCGCGAUUCGUGGUAUAUAUCCGGGCGCUCGUGUUGUUCGCGGUGUCGAUUGGCAAUGGGAAGAUCAAGAUGGGGGUAACGGACGAAGAGGAAAAGUCCAGGAAAUACAAGACUGGUCGGCGGCCAGCCCACGAUCUGCAGCAUAUGUUGUGUGGGAUAACGGUUCAAAAAACCUUUACCGCGUAGGUUUCGAAGGCAUGGCUGAUUUAAAAGUGGUCAAUGAUGCUAAAGGUCACACUGUUUACCGUGACCAUUUACCUUGUUUAGGAGAACAGGGUGCAAGUCCUAGACCUGCAGGUCUUAAGAUUGGUGACCAGGUUAAUGUUGACUUAGAUCUGGAAAUUGUACAGUCUUUACAGCACGGCCAUGGAGGAUGGACUGAUGGCAUGUAUGAAUGUCUUAAUAGUAUUGGCACUGUAGUAGGCAUAGAUGAAGAUCAUGACAUAGUUGUGGCUUACAACAGUGGUAAUCGCUGGACAUUUAAUCCAGCUGUACUGACAAAGGUUGCUACCCCAACAAAUUCAGCUGGUUUUAACGAAACUCCCCAGCAACAAUUUGCUGUGGGAGAUGUGGUGCAAAUUUGUGGAGAUAUGGAAAGAGUUAAGAUGCUACAAAGAGGUCAUGGUGAUUGGGCCGAUGGAAUGGCAGCUACUCUCGGAAAAGUUGGACACGUUCAACAAAUUUACAACGAUAACGAUUUAAAAGUGGAGGUGUGCAAUACGACUUGGACUUACAAUCCUCUAGCGGUUACCAAACUUGCCAGCAAGGAUGGAACCAUGCAUGGUACGACUUCCGGAGAAAGACUUAGCGCUCUGUUGAAGAAAUUGUUCGAAACUCACGUUUCGGGCGACGUUAAUGAAGAACUAGUUAAAUCUGCUGCAAAUGGCGACGCGCAAAAAUGCGAAGAAGUGCUAAAACAGAGCAACACUGCCGGUGCUGCUGGUAUUGGCCCUGAUGUUAAUGGAGUGUUUGCAGGUCAUACCGCUUUACAAGCAGCUUCUCAAAACGGCCAUUUGGAAGUCAUCACUGUUCUUCUCCGGUUCCAUGCCGACGUUGAGAUUGAGGAUAAAGACGGCGAUAGGGCUGUGCACCACGCCGCUUUCGGAGACGAACCCGCCGUGGUACAGCUCCUUGCCCACGCCGGAGCUGAUCUCAACGCUCGAAAUAAAAGGAGACAGACCGCUUUGCACAUCGGAGUUAACAAGGGCCACAUUGGUGUGGUGAAGAUGCUGUUGGAUUUGGGCUGCCACCCUAGUCUGCAGGAUCUUGAAGGCGAUACUCCUCUUCAUGAUGCUAUUUCCAAGAAACGGGACGAUAUGCUGACAUUGCUGCUGGAUCACAGUGCGGACAUCACAUUGACCAACAACAAUGGAUUCAACGCUUUGCAUCAUGCGGCUCUUCGAGGAAAUCCAAGGUAAGUCUAGUUAUAGAUAUA